GUUCCUGAUCGAGAAGAGCAUCGUACCUGUCAUGUCUGGACGCGGCAAAGGUGGCAAGGGUCUCGGUAAGGGAGGCGCCAAGCGUCACCGUAAGGUGCUUCGAGACAACAUCCAGGGCAUCACCAAGCCAGCUAUCCGUCGUCUGGCCCGCCGUGGUGGAGUCAAGCGAAUCUCCGGUCUAAUCUACGAGGAGACCCGAGGCGUUCUCAAGGUCUUCCUCGAGAAUGUCAUCCGCGAUGCGGUCACAUACACCGAGCACGCCAAGCGCAAGACGGUCACCGCCAUGGACGUUGUCUACGCUCUCAAACGCCAAGGUCGCACACUGUACGGCUUCGGUGGCUAAAGGAUCAUCUGACGGACGCAUCAUCACAAGCAACCCCGGCCCUUUUCAGGGCCACCCAAAUAUCCCCAAAAGAACUGUAUUCGCUCACAUCACACACGUACAUCUACACCUGCCUCCAACAAUAAA